CACGGAUCCUCGGUGAUUGCAACUCUUUGACUAACUAAUUAUACUAAUAGUUAACGAACGAUAAAAACCCCUUUCGAUUCUACUAAUUUUCCGGCGGAACAAAUUAGGGUUUAUCGUUUGCAUCGCUCUCGUCUCUUCUCCCAUAGACAGAUGUCUCGAAUCUUUGUUCGUCGACCAUGAAGUCCUAAAUUGCAAUAGAUUACUCGUGAGGAAUAGAUUGGCCUUUAUCGUCUGCCGCUUAAUUUCUCCGCCGGACUCUGUUUUAAGGAUGGAGGAAUUAAGCCAAAUCUUGAAGAACAAUAGGACGGAUGAUCUCACUUGGUUUUGCUCUCUCUCUGAAUCUGAACUGGAUCUGCUCAUCAGCUUAAAGAAGCUAGCCAUUCAACGCGCCAAAAUAAGUGCUCACCAACAACUAGCUGACAAAUUUGAUCUCAAGUUGCUCCGAGCUCUCGGGCUUGUGCUAAUGGAGUUCGUGAAAAAAAGGGUACAAGAUGAUACUUGUCUUGCCCCAAGUGUUGUUCAUCAGCUCAGGCUUUUGGAUAACUGCAAUUUGUUGAAAACGCAUGAAGAUGAUACUGUAGACAUGGAGGAGAUUCUGACUCAAAUCUGCGAUAACAAAUCCAAAAAGAAAGCACCGAAAAGGGCAAAGGCUCUGCAACAAAAAUUCGCAAGCACCACUGGUUACUGGAACAAAAGCUCCUCAACUUUGUGGAUGCUUUUCAUCAAUACGCAAUGGACAGGGUAUAUCACACUGCGUGGCGUAUUAUCUUCGAAGCUGAAUGUGGGACACUUCCCUCAUUUGGCUGAUUUGGUGACCAGAAUCAAUUACAAUUAUCACUACAUGUCAGACACUGGAAGCUUGAUGACUAGUGAUGGAGGAGAGACCAACUCAUCCAGACCCUGGACUGCCAAAUCUGAUGUAUGAAUGGACCGGGAAUUUAUCGGAAAUGUUGGAUCGUCGCAACUAUCACGCUUCAUUCUUCAAGUCUCAGGCUUGACUUGAGGCUGGUAUCUACUGUUUAUAAGAUUCAUUGUUUUGAAAUAGAUAUUGUACAAAAAU